CCUCAUAUUUUUCUGUAGCAAAUGAAUUGAGGGUUUAAUCGACUGUGUUCAUCAAAAUGUUGAACACAAGCAAGAAAGCAUGGAGAAUCAUACCAAGGCCACUACUCGAAACCGUACUCAACAACCAUGUCCAGCACCACCGCGUCCACCAACCUCUCAUCCUCCACGGCCCUCGUGGCGUCGGCAAAACCACCGUCAUCCUCGACCGUUUAUUGGAGAAUUGGAACAAAGGGCCCCACUUAACAGGCUACGUCGACUUCGCGCAACCAAUCAAGGAUCACCACCCGUCGCAUAACGCCUCUUUUCCAUGGAGUUCUUGGUAUUCCUGCUCUUCUCCGCCGCCGCCUCUCUCUCUCCUCAAUACCCACCUUGAGAAAUGCCUUGAAUCGAUGGCCGAGAGGGGGAUUGAGCUUGGUCAGAUCAAUUCACAUCAGAUUUUCACUACCCUAAACAAAUGGCACGGGAUUAGCCACACCCUUCGCCACAUUAUGAAAUCUUCGACGAAUUCGAGCUCCAGGGCGGUUUCGAGUAAGGUUUCGGCUUCUGCGUUGUGGGAUAAGGCGGUUUUUGCCUUUUCUGCUAAGCUGGAUAGUAAGGAGGUUGAAGGGGUAGUUGGAUUGGAGGGAGAUAAGAAAGGGUUGAGUGUUGAGGAGAUGUCUUAUUUGAAAGAGGCUGUUGUUGCUUUGAGAUUGGCUAAAGAGGUUAUAAGAGUUCAGCAACAAUGGAGAGCUACUGCUAUUGCUGAUUUGAAUAGGACUGGUGGGUUUUCGAGGUCUCUGGCGAAUUCAGCUGUUGAUUGGCCAUGUUUGUUGUUAGAGUUAUUGUCUGCAGCUUCUGAAAUGAAUCAUUUUCAGCCGAAGCUCGUGAUUAACAAUAUAGAAGUCCUGAAGAAUGCAAUUUCAACAAAUGAUUCUGCAGUUUGUGCACCAACUUACCAUGAUAGUUUAAUAUGGAGAAUUAUUUCUUUGGGGGCGAAUGAGAUGUGCCUUCCAAUCAUUCUUGUAACAUCUGAUAGCUACUAUUCAUAUCGUGCUUACAUCGAUUUUGGAUUUCCUGACAUUUUUGUAUCUCGUGAGACCUUUGGUUGGUCGCCAAAUGAAGGGAAAUUACAUAUGGUGCCUGACUAUUUCAGUGCCUCAGAGUGGACAACAGUUACUGAAGUGCUUGGUGCAAACUCACGGCAUUUAUUUGAACUACAUGCACUUAAAGAAAGUGACCUCUAUCUGAGUAUGAUGGAUCAUAUACGCAGCACCUUUGAGGAUAUAGUAGAUGCUUAUUUGGCAUAUCUGCAGAUAACUGUGGUGAAUCCAGCCAUGGACAAAGCUUUGUCACUUCUGCAAAAAUUUGCCCUUGAUGCAAACAAUGGAAAGAUACCAAAAGAUAAGUUACGUUUUGGUGCUCCUUGGAGGCAUCCUCCGCAAACAGAUGAUCCAAGUCGUUGUUCAGAGUGGGCUAAGGUUCAACUGAUGGAUUUCGUGCAGUCAUUGGUCAAUAGUGAAUUUGGGCUCAACUAUUUUGCUGAUUGCAGCCUUGAAAUCUUUGAUGAUCCUUCAGCUGUAGCAUUGUUAGAGGUGGGUGUGCUUUAUGCUCAACGGGAUCCUUCUUUCAUUCGUCCAGUAUCUCGUGGUAUGCAGCGAUGCCUGGUUAGAUGGCUUGUCCAGGAGCAGUUGCAAAUGAACUGGUUUUCCUCUCUGCGUUUUCGGUGGCAAAGACUUUUUCGAGGUCGCUACUAUCGGCACUUGAUGUUACAAGUUGGCUAUAAAUACUAAAUUUUACAAGAGGUACUUCUUACAUUAAAGGCUUUUGCGAGGAACUGUCCUAACUCCUAAGGUUCUGUUCUUUGGUGCAUGAGCAGCAAUACUUCUUUGCGAGAUAAGUACGGGUACAUGACAUCUGACAGGAUAACUUGCUGAAUACUCAGAUGAGAGUAGUCAUAGAAGAUGUAUAAAAUGAAAGAUUCAGAAAGGAUCUGUGCUGUUUAACCUAAUUUCUUCCUUUUAAGCUAUAGUCAAGUACAUAAAAGGUGUUCUGCAGAUAUCACUGGAAGAAUAGUCGAGCAAUUGAAUUCCAGAAUGAACCGAUUUUAGCCGGAUCUGUUUCGAAUCCCACAUGUGGAAGUUAACCGGAACUUAUUCCGGUCCUGAUUCCCCAGUUUUUCAACCUGAAUUUGUUUUUGUUUACUGCAACUUGUGGUUGCUAUGUAUUCUUUAAACCAAUACGAAGUACUACUUUUCUUGCCUCGAAAUCUAAUAAAAUGAUUGGGAUAUUUUUGCACACAA